AGGGUUUCCGCCGCCACACCGCUGCAGGCUAUGAUGGCGGUGGCACCGCGCGAGAUCAGCUACCGGAUCUCGAACAGCGAACCCGCUCCGACGGCCCACGGCCGCGGUUUAAGCGGAUUCCCAUGUCGAUGGCGAAUGAGUUAAAGCCACGUCGUAGGAAACGUUUCCUUCCCGCGGUGUCUGACGCGACGCGUCGGUUCCGCUAGCCGUCCUCGGGCUCGUGACCCGCACGGGGAAUUGAAGCCAGCAGAUUUCUUUUGCUUGCCAUGAUCUCAUGCCCCAAAUAUUCCUCUUGUUUUCCCCCUUUCCCUCCACGGUUUUCUGCUUCCCUCCACUUCCCUUCCCUCCCUCCACUCCUGAGAGAUCGUAUAUAGACACACAGAUAUCAGAUACGAAAUCGGAGCUCCCGAUCUUUGUGAUCCGCUACUUCUGUUUGCCAGAAAGGCGGAUCAGCUCUGGUUCUCGCAGCAAUGGAGCAGGUGGAGUGUGAUAGGAGGCAAUUAUGGCCUGAUCCGAUGUCUUCGGGAGGUUCUGAUCCAAGCAGCAGCGACUCCCAGCUUAAGAGCUGCACUGGUUGCCGAACCACCAAGACCCCUCUUUGGAGAGCCGGCCCUUCUGGUCCCAAGUCGCUUUGUAACGCGUGCGGGAUCCGGUACCGAAAGAGCAGGAGAGCCGUGCCGAGGUUCGAGGAGGCUGGAGCGAAGGAGAAGAGGGAGGUCGACGGCGGAGGGGAGGCGUUCGGUGUGUCCUUCAAGCUUCUGAUGUUGGGAUCGGGGUUGUGCAAGCCGACUUCCAUGGAUCGGAAGCAGAGGCGGCGGCGGAGGAGAGGCGUGCUUGGGGAAGAAGAGCAGGCCGCGGUCCUCUUGAUGGCCCUCUCAUCUGGUUUCCUAUACGCCUAAAGUAAAUGAUCAUAAGAUGACGAUCACCUCUGUUUGAUGAAGUCUCUACUGACAUAUUGUUCUGCUAACAAACUGUGUGUAUCUCUUGUGCUAAAUAUGUUAAUGUAGCUCUUGUUUCGGAU